CACCAGCGCGGUGGUGGUUGUGGGCGGAAGUUUGCAGACGAUGUUUAGAAGAUCAGGCAAUUUCUUGUUUACACGAUGUCCUGGCCAAAGGUUGUAUUAUUUGGGGAUUCAUUAACACAGGCAGCAUUCAGCAAUGGAGGAUGGGGUGCUGCUCUAGCAGACAAGCUACAAAGGAAGUGUGAUGUCCUCAGCAGGGGGUUCUCUGGUUACAACUCCACCUGGGGCAGAAUCAUCCUCCCUAGAUGCAUUCCCAAGGACGACCUGCCUCACGUUGCCAUGGUAACCAUUUUCUUUGGUGCCAACGACUCUGCCCUGGAGGUAACAGCGAGUCCUAAAUACGUCAGUGUGGACGACUUCAGAGGAAACUUGCAGGGUAUGGUGAAGUAUUUAGAAGAUGGGGGAAUCGACCCAAAGAAUGUCAUCAUCAUUUCACCGCCAGCGCUGGACGACAAAGUGUGGAGUGCCGGAUGUGAAAAGAAUGGUGGUCCAGUCAACAGGAAGAACUCCAACACGGGUCUGUAUGCUAAAGCUUGCCGUCGAGUGGCCGAGGACUGCUGCACAGGAAUCCUGGAUCUGUGGACGCUCAUGCAGAAGGAAGAGAAUUGGCAGCGUUUUCUUGAAGAUGGUCUCCACCUAUCAGAGUCAGGGUCAGGAUUCCUGGCUGGUCAUCUCACUGAGAUGGCAGUCAGCCGAGUUGGUCAUCUACCAGACCAGCUGCCGGACUGGAAGGACAUUGACCUUGUCAAUCCGGAGAAAAGUCUCCUGGCUUGAAAGUGGAGUGCAUCAAAAUAUGAGAAAGAAGUCUAUAAUAUGCCAUCAGCCUGGGGGUUUCGGUCGGUAUCAAAUGAGGGGAAUAAUGCUUAUUGUGAUUUUUGGCAAGGUGUGCACCCCUAGGCCUGUAGUUGGAAAAUAUGUGAUAGCAUUGUAGCGGUAGCAGCUUUUUGGGUGCUAUCACUUAAAUAAAUUGGCGGCCAAAACAUGCUUUAUACAACAUAUAAUUCAUCCAAAAAACCCUGCCACCGCUUACACUGCAAAGCUAUCACACAUUUUCCAACUCUAGAUGUGCAUACCUUUGCUAAAAAUUGCUAUGAGCAUUGCUCCUUUCAAUCAUUUGACACCAGUGGCCCAAGUUUUGGAACGAAGCUGAUAGCCUAUAAGAGGUGUUCAAAACCUGCUGGCAUGUGUCAGUAUACUUAAACAUUGAUGUAUCUGAGAUAUCUACACAUGUGCAGCUGUUGCACAGGUGAUAUAACGGGGAUCGGUGUCAUCUGCUACUCACACCUUUACGCUUACCAAGAGCUUUCAACGGCAACUGCCCAACAAGGGGCGUCCAAAUGUGAUACAUUCACAUGAGCAUUUGUAUAAUUUAUUUUGUGUUAUGAUUGUGUUUCUUGGGGGCAUGUCUCCUCUUUGCUAUGUCUCUGUCUUUUCCCUACGUUUUUGAAAACUCAGGAUAAUCAAUGUACAAUGUAACAUUUUGUAUACUCAUCUUUUCAUACAAUGCAUCUCAAGUAAACCACAUAGAACUCUACAUGGAUAACAAUGAAGUGCUUGUGAACAUUGUUAGUGCUUGCAGUACGGAUCAUUUUUGAAAGGAAAGACUUCCUGAUAGAGGCCUUGAAGAGAUGUGAUGUUAACAAGCAAUCUGAAUUCAGGACAAAAAAAAAUACAGAAUACUCCAUUUGUGUCUUUUUAUUUGAAUUUUGUUUAGUACCGUCAACUCCAUGAAGCCCCAUAUGGUUUGCAUUCAUCAGUACUGGGUAUUUAUAUGUAAUUUUAAUGUCUUACAAUUUUAUAAAAGUAUAAAUUUCACAAAAUUAUAAUAGUCACGACAGAUCAUGUUGUAUGUUUUAAUUGUGUACAAAUAGUUGUUGCAAAUGUCAACAACAAUAGUUUUCUCUUAAAGAAAAGUGAACUGAUGAUGUUUCCUGUAUGUCAUUGUUUUGUGACCUUAAACAUGAAUAAAAUAUUUAUUCCAAAUGGGAACUAAGCUUGUUCAA